AUGUUCUGGGGGACAGAUGUCGUCGAGAACGAAUCACUUGGCAUUGCUCCUAUCAUACAGCCCGCGACCCAGACAAUCAUCUUAUUCGCCAAUGCCGCACGUAACAAUGACGUUCCUUUCCACCAACAGUUCUUCGCGUUCGGUCGCUACACAUACAGCGGGGAGUGUCUCAGCACACACCACGCAAACCUCCACGGGGUAACUUCUCUCUCGUAUUUUUCCCGUGAUCCAAACACCUUUGUCCCAGUCGACGACAAGCAGAACAUACUGUCGAUAGUCAUGCGAGACACCAACGGCAAGUCAUCCUUCCUAGUGCGAUUCAACGAAGAAGAAACGGACAUGAGUGUAUGGGAGGGUUCCCGGCUAUAUGAACACCCCGAAUUCUCUGAUACCAACGGUGCCAUGGCGUGGUGGAAGGACACAUGCUAUGCCGCAUUCUGGGACGGGGACGUCGAAGGCGAAAUGCGUGACACGAUUGCGCUUAUGGACCGGAAAGCCGACAAACAUGAUAUGAAUGCGGUUGAGGACGCCAGUAACGGCAGAGCCUACAAGCCCAUCGUGUCUGAAUCAACGGACAACGAGUCACUCGAUCUCGAUAUCAACGCUCCCGUUGUUAUGAACGAAAACUAUGUUAUCAGAAACGCGGGGAAUAGAUUCUACAUACUCUGUUUUGACGAUGACGACAAGGACAAGUGGCCGAAGGAGAGCGGAACGUUCUUUGAUAUAGGAGAGCUUGGGGUGUUGAAAGGUUUGGAUACUUGGUUCGAUCAACCACAUUACAAGGGGUGGCUACAGUCUCGGCCAUAUGCCCGUGUAAAGGAGAUCUGGGGGCCGGAGCUGGAACGACGGAGGCAGGAGCUUUCAUUAUCUGCAGAAAGUGACUAG